AUGUUCGACCUGAACGGCGACGGGGACGUGGACUGCGAAGAGUUCGAGAAGGUCGCAGCGCUGAUACGGCAGCAGAGUAGCAUCGGCUCCCGGCACCGCGAUCAUGCGAACACUGGCAACACUUUCAAGGGUAUCAAUUCCGCCCUGACGACUUACUUCUUCGGUCCGAAGCUGAACGAGAAACUGACCAUCGAAAAGUUCCUUGAUUUCCAGCAGCAACUCCAAAAGGAAAUUCUGUCUCUGGAAUUCCAAAGGAAACAACCGGAUGAAAAUGGGCGCAUCACUGAAGCGGACUUCGCGGAACUGCUGCUCGCUUAUGCGGGCUACCCGGCCAAGAAGAAGGCGAGGAUGCUGAAACGCGUCAAGAAGAUGUUCCGCGACCACGGCGUGGGCAUCACCAAGGACGACUACCUCAAGUUCUUCCACCUGCUGAACAACAUCAACGACGUGGACACCGCGCUCACCUUCUACCACAUCGCGGGCGCCUCCAUCGACCAGCCCACGCUGCGCCACGUGGCGCGCACCGUCGCCCACGUCGACCUCCACCCGCACCUCAUCAACGUGGUCUUCACCAUAUUCGACGAGAACAUGGACGGCCAGCUCAGCAACAGAGAGUUCGUGGCGGUGAUGAAGAACAGGUUGCUGCGUGGCCUCGAGAAGCCCAAGGACACCGGUUUCGUGAAGCUCAUGUAUUCGCUCAUCAAAUGCGCCCGGGACACCAAGCCCGCACUGCUCGAUUUC